AUGACAGACAGUACGCCGAAGCUCACGCCGAUGAUGACCCUUCCGCUCGAGAUCUUACUAGAAAUCACCAACAAACUCGAGCAGGGUGAUCUCGCUUGUUUUGCACUUUGCAAUCAUAGCCUAAGGGCACUUUACAUCGCUAGACCCGAGAACCCAUUCACAGCAUACCUAGCCCCACGGCACUUCUUCUUCUCGCGUUUCGAUUUUCCGGAAGGGGAAGAGCUCUAUCGGUAUGAGUUCUUGGAGAGGCUCUCACGCGACUUGCCUCGCUACUAUGCAUGCAUGAUGUGUGUCAAACUUCAUCUAUGGCAAAAUGUAGACCCUCCAGGAUGCAACUUCAGCAAACCAUAUUGCGUUUAUAGGAAUCACCUGAGAUACGGAUUUAUACAACCCCAUCUGGUCCCGCCAUGGGGUACAGAUCUUGGCAAGUAUGCCUUUUCCUUUGAACAUCUCCAACUCGCCAUGCGGAGAUUCUACAACGGUCCUACAUUCGGGAUCACUACAGAGUCUCUCUCUUAUACCGAGAUUAAAAAGGCCCACCACACAAGACUGAUGUCAGUUGACGCGCGCAUCUGUCCUUCCUCUCCGAGUCUGUGUCUCCGGAUCCAAGAAUUGUCGGUCGUACGGAGGCCGAUCGCACCCAAGCUACCGGCAUUCCCGGACACGAACUUCAUGCAGAUAUGCGCACACAUCGGCCGCCCCACUUCGAAUUUUGAUAUGCUGAUCAACAACCUUAUUUCCCGAUACGAGAAGGCUAAGCCGAAGCCGGCGCAACGUGGAAAAUGUCUGUACUGUAAUACGGCCUGGAAGAUGGCGCUUCGAGGACUGGGCGGGCAACAGGUCUGUCUAGCGCUCACCAGAUGGAUAGAUCUGGGGCCAGGGCUCGAUCCACGCGAUAUCAGGUGGGAUGUCCAUACCUGGCGGGCUACGGACAUGGGCUUGAAGCUCAACAAGUCGGCGCAGGUGGAUAACCCGAGGAAACGGUUUGAGCGGGAUUCAAUUGAAGCGCAACACCCCGACGCCCUGUCCGAAGAAAGGCUAUACCAACGAAACGUAGGAUUAAUCAAACAUCAAGCCUGUAAAAUCUUGAUGAAUCGAUUCAACGACUCCUUUUGGUUCAUGCACGGCGAUAGAUCCCACCAGCGUGCCGAAUCAUUUCCGCCUCCGGUUUCCGAGAGAUUGGUGAAUAGGCUACGCAGAUUAUGGAGGUCUCUGGCCGUAUAA